AGUUCAGCAGCGAAGAGAGUUCUUCCAAAGAAACAGGAGGAAACACAGAGAGUUGAUUAGUAGGAGGGGCGAGGAGAUUAAUGGUGGGAGCCAAUCAAAUACACAUCACUGACAUUGCCUUUUCUUUACUCUCUUUGCAGAAAGACACUUCCUGUCCCAGAACAGAACAGGCCCAUCUCCCUGCGCACGAGACGAACGCUUGCACACUCAGAUCGUCGACAAGGCAAGUUGCUGCCAAGGGGCAAGUAAGAUUGACACCCAUGCCAGGGGGCUGUUCCUCUUUCACCAGUGACACAGAAGCAACAGUGGGAGAAAUGUGCUCCCGGAGCAUCUCAGGAGUUUAUUUGGAGGCCUCUGGCAAGACAGUGAGUCUCGUGGAUGCUGUCCAGGAGCAUUUGCUGCAGCCUGACGUUGCAUUAGCCCUUCUGGAGGCCCAGGCAGCCACAGGUGGCAUUGUUGACCCUGUAAGAAACCAGCUGGUCCCCGUGGCAGAGGCAUUGGCCCUGGGGCUGGUAGGGCUAGAACUGAAGGAGAAGAUCUUGUGUGCAGAACGAGCAGUGACUGGCUUCACAGACCCAUACACAGAGGAGAAGAUCUCACUCUACCAAGCCAUCCAGAAAGAGCUGGUUGGAAGAGAACAAGGUCUCCGUCUCCUGGAAGCCCAAAUAGCCACAGGAGGCAUCAUUGAUCCCAUCACUCGCCACCGCGUCUCUCCUCAUGAGGCCAGUGCACAUGGCUACCUUGAUGAGGAUCUGCAUAACUCCCUUUCUGAUCCUGAGAAUGAGGAGGCCAAGGGCUACUUGGACCCCAACAGUAACCAGAAGGUCACCUACACAGAGCUGAUGAGAAGGUGCAUUGCAGAUCCAGCCACAGGUCUGCUGCUUCUGCCACUGAAAAUCUCCUUCCCUGGACUGCGAGGGUCUGUGUGCAGCCAUGAGCUGCUGGACUCUGGCAUCAUUGAUUCAGCUACAUUCAAAGCCCUCCACAACGGGGAGCUCACAGCUCAGGAGGUAGCGGAGAUGGAUGUUGUGCAGCAGUACUUGUCAGGGACAAACAGCAUUGCUGGUGUCGCCGUCCUGCAAACUAAUGAGUGCAAGAGUCUGUACCAGGCUUUAUCAGAACACCUCCUCUUGCCAGGCACCGCUGUGAUUCUCCUUCAGGCUCAGGCUGCAACUGGAGGCUUGAUAGACCCAGUAAAGAACGAGAGGUUUUCCCUUGAUGAAGCUGUCCGGUCGGGAGUGGUGGGGCCAGAACUCUAUGAGAAACUGUUGUCAGCCGAGAGAGCCGUUACAGGGUACAGAGACCCCUACACCGGGGAGACUCUUUCUCUGUUUCAAGCCCUGCAGAAGGGUCUUGUGCCCCGGGAUCCUGGUGUUUUCCUGCUGGAGGCCCAGCUUGCCACGGGUGGCAUUGUUGACCCCCACACACACCACCGUCUCCCUGUGGAGAUGGCCUGCCAGAGGGGUCAUUUAGACAAAGACACACACAGCCUCCUUUGCCAGCCCAUGGAUGACCUCCGUGGUUUCUUUGAGCUCAACUCAAAGGAGAACUUGUCAUAUGCAGAGCUGCUCCUGAGAUGUGUCACUGAUCCAGACACGGGGCUCUGCCUCUUCCCCCUUUAUGGUGACCCUGGGAGGGAGCAUCACUUCAUUGACCACAGGACACAGCUUGUCCUGAGAAACAGAGCAGUCCCUGUGGCCUAUGGCAAGUUCAAAGGGCAGUCCACUUCACUCUGGAAGCUCCUCUUUUCAGACUGCUUCACAAGAGAGCAGAGGAGAGCUCUCCUCCAGCAGUUCCGUUCUGGGGGUCUUUCCAUUCACAGACUGGCUGACACAGUCCGUGACACUGUCUGGCAGGUUUCUGCCAACCCCAGGAUCACCUUUGAAGGCCUGAGGAGCAAGGUGACCCCUGCCCAGCUCCUGAGCUCUGAAAUCAUCAACAAAGAUUUGUUUGAGAAGUUAACCCAUGGGGAGACGUUGGCCAAAGAUGUUGUGAACAUGGGCACAGUGAAGAAGUACUUGGAAGGGACUGGAAGCAUCAGCGGGUUGUUCCUGCCAGACUCCCAGGAGAAGAUCGGCAUCUACCAGGCAAAAAGGAAAGGCCUUCUGCGGCCAGGGACAUCCCUCAUCCUCCUGGAGGCUCAGGCUGCCACCGGAUACAUCAUUGACCCUGCUGCCAACAAGAAAUACUCUGUGAAUGAGGCUCUGCGGGCCAAUGUGAUUGGACCAGACGUUUUCGACAAGCUCCUGGCAGCCGAGAAGGCCGUCACUGGCUACAGGGAUCCCUAUACCGGGUGCAAGCUUUCUCUCUUUCAGGCCAUGACAAAGGACCUUAUUGUCAAGGAACACGCCAUCCGUCUUCUGGAAGCCCAGAUUGCCACUGGAGGCAUCAUCGACCCCAUCAACAGCCACCGCCUGCCUGUGGAGGCAGCCUACAAGCGGGGCUACUUUGACAAGAAGAUGAACCUGAUCCUUUCGGACCCCAGUGAUGACACCAAGGGCUUCUUUGACCCAAACACUCACGAGAACCUGACCUACUUGCAGCUGAAGGAGAAGUGCAUCACAGAGCCCACCACAGGCCUCUGCCUCCUGCCACUGAACAGCAAGAAGCGCCAGUUCAUUGAUGAUGCCACCAAGCAAGCGUUCAGGAGCUCCUGGCUCUUUGUGAAGUACGGGCGUUUCCAAGGCCAAAGGGUCUCGGUGUGGGAUCUACUGAACUCAGAGUACUUCAGUGAAGGAAAGAGGCGGGAAAUUUUCAACCACUACCACUUGCAAAAGGUCACCCUACAACAAAUCUGUCUUCUCCUGGAAGAGGAGAUGAAGAAAUGGGCCCGCAUCAGAUUCCCAGCCAUACGGGGCUAUGUCACUGCCUAUCACCUUGUGGAGACAGGCAUCAUUGACAGGACCCUCUUUGAAAGACUGCUGGAAGGAGCGGUGAGCCCCGAGGAGGUCCUGCACAUGGAGUCUGUCAGAAAGUACCUCUACGGCACCGGCAGCAUUGGGGGGAUUGUGCUGCAGCCCUCCAAUGAAAGAGUGAGCCUCUAUGCAGCCAUGCAGAGGAACAUUGUGUUGCCAGGAGUGGCCCUACCCUUGCUGGAGGCGCAGGCAGCCACUGGCUUCAUCGUUGACCCUGUGAGCAACCAGAAACUCUGCCUGGACGAUGCCGUGAAGGAAGGCCUUGUUGGUCCUGAGCUGUAUGAGAAGCUGCAGCGUGCAGAAGAAGCCGUCACUGGCUACAGGGACCCUUUCACAGGCAAAAGGAUUUCCCUCUUCCAGGCUAUGAAGAAGGGUCUUGUGCCUGACAAGCGGGCUCUACAGCUGAUGGAUGCCCAGUUGUCUACUGGCGGUGUCAUUGACCCCCAGAGUGGCCACUAUGUCCCAGUAGAAUUUGCCCAGAAGAAAGGCUACUUGGAUGAGGACCUCCACAAAGCGCUUUCAAACCCAAGCAGUGACACCAAAGCAUUCAGCACUCUUGACAGAAGAGAGACGGUUUCCUACAGCCAGCUGAUAGACCGGUGCCAGAAGGAUGACGCAUCUGGCAUUCACCUGCUGCCUCUGUCACAGGCGGCGGCUUCUCCCGUCUGCACCGAUGAGCAGAUUGAGGAGCUCUUCAGGGCCACCCUUGUGGAAGACCGGGGGGUCACCCUCUGGGAGCUCCUCCACUCUGGCUAUUUCACCGAGGAGCAGCGAAGAGACCUCUUUGAGAAGUACCGAUCCGAGGCACUUUCGCUCCAGCAACUCAUUACCCUCAUCCAAGAACACAUUCAGGAAAUAGAAAUAAAGGCUCAAACCCAGGUCACCUUCCGAGGCCUGAAAGGUGCAGUCCCUGCAGUCUGGCUUCUGGACACUGGCAUCAUUUCAGAGCAGACAUUUACAGAGCUGGCUCAAGGGAAGAGAACAGCCAGAGAGGUUUCGGAGAUGGAAAGCGUGAAGAAGUACUUGAAAGGGACCGGGGCUAUUGCUGGAGUCUUCGACCAGUCCUCCGGAGAGAAGAUGGGGAUUUACCAAGCGAUACAGAAUGGCCUCCUCCUGCCAGGCAUGGGGGCAAGGCUGCUGGAAGCACAGGCAGCCACAGGCUCCAUCUCAGACCCAGUGACAAGCCAGAGGCUUGAUGUAGGAGAGGCCAUCAGAGCUGGCCUUGUGGGCAAAGAACUGAUGGAGCAGCUGCUGCAGGCUGAGCGAGCACUGACCGGCUACCUGGAUCCCUACUCGGGAAAGCCGAUCUCGGUGUGUCAGGCAGUCAGGAAGGAGCUGAUCCCUGCCACAGCUGGCAUCCCCUUGCUUGAGGCUCAGCUGGCCACAGGUGGCAUCAUUGAUCCCAGCCACCACCUUCACCUUCCUCUCCCUGCUGCCUACAAGCACGGCUUCUAUGAUGAAGAAAUGCACAAGACCCUUUCUCAACAGAGCGACGACACCCGUGUCUUCUUUGACCCUAAUACACAGGAGAGCCUGACUUAUCAACAGCUGAAGGACAGGUGCAUCCAGGAUGCUGGGACCGGACUCUUGCUGCUCCCUCUCUCUGAUGAUGCAGCUUUCUAUGGGGACAGGCAAACCAUCGAGGUACUGAAAUCUGUAACGGUCUGUGUCAACAUUGGGCGAUAUAAAGGCCAAGAGGUUUCUCUCUGGGAUCUGCUCAACUCAGAGUACAUCGCCAGUUGCAAGCGCCGGGAGCUGAUGCUGACAUACAAAGAGGAGAACGCUGAGGCGCUUCAAGAAAUAAUAACAGUCAUCACCAAGAUAAUUGAAGAGACAGAGCAGCAGGGCAAGCGGUUCUCCUUCAAGGGUCUGCGCAAACAGGUGUCUGCCAGUGACCUCUUCCAGUCACAGCUCAUAGACAAGGAGACUCUGGAUGACCUCAGCCAAGGAAAGAAAACGGUCCAGGAGGUCACUGAGAUGGACUCUGUCCGGCGGUACCUUGAGGGUGGGAACUUCAUCGCUGGAGUCCUUCUUCAGCCAAGCAACGAAAGGAUGAGCAUCUACCAGGCUAUGAAGCAGGGGCUGCUCCGGCCAGGGGCCGCUCUGGUGCUGCUGGAAGCCCAGGCGGCUACUGGUUUUCUCAUUGACCCGGUGAAGAACAAGAAGUUGUCAGUAGAUGAGGCCAUGGCUGCACGGCUGAUUGGAAGAGAGGUUUAUGAAAAGCUGCUGAGUGCAGAAAAGGCUGUGACGGGAUACAGAGACCCAUACACCAAAGAGCAGAUCUCCCUCUUUGAGGCCAUGAACCAAGAGCUCAUUGUGAAAAGCCACGGCAUCCGCCUGCUUGAGGCCCAGAUAGCCACCGGUGGCAUCAUUGACCCUGUCCACAGCCACCGCAUUCCUGUGGAAGUAGCCUACAGACGAGGCUACUUUGAUGAAAAACUCAACCAAAUUCUUUUAGACCCCACUGACGACACAAAAGGCUUCUUUGACCCCAACACACAUGAGAACCUCACAUACCUGCAGCUGCUAGAACGAUGUGUCCAAGACCCAGAGACAGGGCUAUAUAUGUUGCAAGUAGUCAGGAAAGGCGGAAGGUACUUUUACAUCGACGAGGCGACAAAACAGUUCCUGCAAUCCCAACCUAUGCAGAUGCAGGUAGGCAGGUACAAAGGCCAGGCUGUCUCCCUGUGGGACCUCCUCUGCUCCCCAUACAUCCCAGAACAGAGAAGGAAAGAGUUGGUUCGUCAGUACAAGUACAAGAGCUUGACAUUAGAGCAGUUUGGGAAAACUAUUACUGCUAUUGUUGAGGAAACGGAGGAGAAAGCACAGAAGCUUUGCCUGAAGGGACUCAGGGGGGACGUGUCGGCCGCGGAGCUGUUCAACGCAGAGAUAAUUGACAAGAAAACGCUGGACGGUCUCCAUCAUCAUCACGGUGCCCUUCAGCAGCUUUCCCGCAAGGACUCAGUGAAACGGUUCCUGGAGGGAACCGGCUGCAUCGCUGGCGUUUCAGCGGCAGCCAGCAAGCAGAAGAUGAGCCUCUACGAAGCCAUGAAGGGAGGCCUUGUCUCACCAGGAAAUGCUCUGAUGUUGCUGGAAGCGCAGGCAGCCACAGGAUUCAUCAUUGACCCGGUGAAGAAGGAAACCUUUCCUGUUGACCAGGCCGUCUCUGAGAGGCUUGUGGGCAAAGAGUUUCACCAACAGCUUCUGCUUGCAGAGAAGGCUGUGACUGGGUACACUGACCCUUUCACAGGGAACAAACUGUCUCUUUAUCAAGCCAUGAAGAAAAACAUGGUAGAGAGAGGCCUUGCUCUGAGGCUGCUGGAGGCCCAGAUUGCCACGGGCGGCAUCUUCGAUCCCUUGUACGGCCACCGCAUCCCUGUGGAAGUGGCAUAUAAGCGGGGCCAUUUGGACGAAGACACUUUCCUCUUGCUUUCUGAUGCAGAAUACGCUGCCAAAGGCUUUGUGGAUCCCAACACUCAGGAAAGGAUCACUUAUGCUCAGCUCAUGUCCAGGUGUGUCAAGGACGCAGAGACAGGGAUGUACCUCCUCCAGCUGCUGGACAAGGGGCAAUAUUUCUAUGUAGAUAAGGUCACGAAAAACAUUCUCUCAUCUACAAAGGUUAACAUAACGCUUGGGAAGUACAAAGGACAAAGCGUCUCUCUCUGGGAGCUUCUUUCCUCAGACUACAUUAAUGAAGAAAAGAGGAAAGAGCUGAUUAAAAAGUACAAGACAGAAUCCUCAGCUGUUCUGCAACAUAUCACUAAUGAAAUUCUGAACAUAAUAAAAGAAAAAGAAGGUAACAGAAGAGAUAUAUGGUUCCAAGGGCUACGGAAGCAAGUCACCGCUUCAGAAUUACUGAAGGCUGACAUCAUUGGCGCAGACACCAUGAAGAACCUGGAGGAAGGGAGACAGACGGCACAAGACGUCGCCCAGAUGGAUUUGGUGAAGCAGUACUUGGAGGGCACAGGCUGCAUUGCUGGCGUGCUGGUCCCAUCCAGGUCUGACCCCUCCAAGAUGGAGAAGAUGACCAUCUACCAGGCCAUGUGGAAGGGCAUCCUGAGGCCAGGCACAGCCCUGGUGCUGCUGGAGGCUCAGGCCGCCACUGGGUUCAUCACUGACCCUCUGAAGAACAGGAAACUCUCAGUCGAAGAAGCCGUUUCUGCAGGUCUUGUGGGGGCAGAGAUUCUUCACAAGCUCCUUUCUGCAGAGAAAGCAGUCACGGGAUACGCAGACCCCAACACUGGGAAAAAGAUUUCCCUCUUCCAGGCAAUGAAGAAGGAGCUGAUCCUCAAAGAGCACGGCAUCCGCUUACUGGAGGCCCAGAUUGCGACCGGGGGCAUCAUUGAUCCCGUCAACAGCCAUCGAGUGCCAGUUGAGGUGGCCUACAGACGAGGCUACUUUGACGAGGAAAUGAGUCAGACCCUCUCAGACUCCACAGACGAUACCAAGGGCUUCUUUGACCCCAACACGCAUGAGAACUUGACAUACAUGCAGCUGCUGGAGAGAUGCAUUCCUGACCCAGACACUGGACUUAGGAUGCUACAAGUUCAACAUGAUGGUUUCAGUGCCUUCGACUUGGAUGAAAAUGUAAAGAAGACUUUGAAGUCAACAACAACAAGAGUUAGUGCAGGCAAUUUCCAAGGAAAGGAGACAUCACUUUGGGACCUUCUCUUCUCUAGAUACAUCACUGACAACAAACGGGAAGAAAUACUCAGACAGUUCAGAGCUGGAAAACUGACUACUCAGGAAAUUAUAACUAUCCUCCUAAACAUCAUCAAGGAGAGAGAAGAUACUGAACAAAUGUUGAAAACUACCAAAUUGCCUAUACACUUAGGAAAGGCGAACAGAGAGCAGUCAACGAUAUGGGAGAUCCUCUUAACUGGGAACAUCUCAGAGGUCAGACGGGAAGAGCUUUUGAACCAAUUUCAAAAUGGCAGCCUGACUCUGGAGGAGCUCACAAACAUCCUUAUAGAGGCCACAACCAGAGAGAGAAAGCACCACAUGAAACCUGAUGUGUCCAGCGAUAUGAUGAUGAUGAACUCUCUUCGAGAAGCCGUCUCCCGUGGGUGGUGGGGGCAGAGCUUCGGGAGAAGCUUCUCUCCGCAGAGAGGCCGUGACGGCUACCGGGACCUCCUACACAGGAGCAAGAUUCCCUUUUUCCAGGCCAUGAAGAAAGGCUUCGUCAGGACCUGGGCAUCCGCCUGCUGGAGGCCCAAAGGCCACGGUGGGCAGCAUGACCAGCCACAGCCACGCCUCCCCGUGGAGGUGCAUACGAAGCGGGGCUACUUUGAUGAGGAAAUGAAACGGGUCCUUUCGACCCACAGACGACACAAGGCUUCUUUUGCCCCAACAUCACGAAAACUACCUAAUGGCAGCUCCUGCUGCAUACAUCCUUCCAGAAGAGUCAGGAGCUAUUACGCCAAUACAAAAUGGCACCGUAACUUUGAAGACCUGACCAAUCCUCAUACCACCGUCCUGAGGGACAGAGAAAAGCGUGCCAAGCCACCGGGCCCCCGGAAGCUCCAAGGGCACCAGCGUACCGCACCGAAAGAUGACGACCUGGGCAUAAGGAUCCCAGUUCCUGGGAAAGUAGCAGAAGAGGGCAGCAGUCCGGCCAGUGGCUGGACUCAUGCCCAGGAUGGUGGAGCUCAGUUUGCCACAGGACGGUACCUGAAAAACGCCCUACGGCACCAAGACUGUGAGGAGAUCACCAAAAAUGGACUCGUUGUCAAGCGCUGCCCGGAAGGCAACGAGUGCAUUGCUGGCGUGCGGUUCCCCAUCCAGUACAUCCCAGAAGAGAAGCGAGAAAAGCUUUUGAGCCAAUACCGAAACAGCAGCCUUACCCCUGAGGAGAUCACAGACAUCCUUGGUGCUCUCUUGGCAGAACCCAGAACCAGAGAGAGGAAGGACCCCACGACACCCGAGACAACCAAAGACACCGAUGGGGAGGAGGGUUGUGAUGCACCUGACAAAGUGGAGAGGGAGGAGGACAGCAAGGAUACUGUGGAGCUGGGAGAAAAGGAGAAGUCGCUGAAGUCGCAGAUGGUGAACGUUGCAACUGGAGAGUUCCACAGACAGAGGGUUUCCAUCUGGGAGGUUCUCCAUUCCAAGUACGUCCCUCAGGAGAAGCGGAAGGAGCUCUUACAACUGUACAAAUCUGGCAUUCUCACCACUGACCAAAUGGAAACCAUAGUCACCUCCAUUGUGAACAGGACAGAGGAGAAGAAUUCCAGCGAACUUGCUUGUUUUAGUAGUCAGCAAGAAGAGACAAGAUCAUCAGAAGAAAUCCAGAAUAUUUGCUCACCUGAAUCCAUCUCUUUGGAAGACGCGUUUCGGUCUGAGAGUUUUGUGGUGCCAGCCGGAGAGUUCCAGGGGCAAAUGGUGUCUUGCUGGGACCUCCUCUCUUCCAAAUACGUCUCAGAAGAGAAGAAGCAAGAGCUUCUAAGACAAUUCAGAAUGGAAGCCCUUUCCAUUCAGGAUCUGGUUGGCAUUCUCACCAGCAUCAUCAUAGAAACAGAAAGGCCGAAGACCAAGGAGACCGGGAGUCCCAGGGAGGCUGGUCUGGGCGAGGAAUGUGGCAUGGAGGCGCAUGGAGACCUGCAAGCCCAGCAGAAGGAGCGGCAGCAGGAGCUGAAGAAAUCCUUGAGGACCACCUUGGUCCCCGUGUCGGUCGGGGAGUACAAGGGGCGGAGGGUCUGUGUGCUGGACCUCCUGUUUUCUAAAUAUGUCCCCCAGGACAAGAGGCAAGAGCUCCUCGAACUGUACAGAGCAGGGACGUUGCCCAUCGAAGAAAUGAUCGCAACCAUCACUGCCAUGAUUGAAGAGGCCGAGAGCAAGCGGGGGAAGCGGAGCACCAGGAAGAAAAUGUCCUGCAUGAAAGGGAAACUGUGCUGGAAGGACCACGGUGCCCAUCCCUCAUCCAUCAUCCUUGAGUUGUGGGUCCCAAAACUGGACGCAGGACGACUCUGGACCCUCCAGGAGGCCUUUUGCCUACACCAUCCAAUGCCUCAAGAGAAGCGCCUUGCCCCCAGGGGCCCCAUGGACGCAGGCACCCCCAUCAUGCAGGUGCGUGAGGAGCCCCGCUGGCCCCUUCCAGCCCCGGCCAGCCCUGGCGAGGAGCAGGUGAUCGCAGGGGUCCUGAAGGAUCCUGGCCGGGAGAGGCUGAGCAUCCGGCAGGCGACACACCGGGGCCUCCUGACCCAUGGGACUGGACUGGCCUUGCUGGAGCACCAGGCAGCCUCUGGCUACAUCGUGGACGUGGCCAAGAACCGGCUGCUCUCCGUCAGGGACGCCACCAAUGCUGGCCUAGUGGACCGGGAGCUCUUCAACACACUGCUUGUGGCUGAGAAGGCCGUGACCGGCUACACUGACCCCUACACGGGGAGCAAGCUCUCCCUCUUCCAGGCCAUGAGGAAGGGCCUCCUCAUCCAGGAGCAUGCCUUCCGCCUGCUGGAGGCCCAAGUGGCCACGGGGGGCCUCAUCCACCCGCUGCACAGCCACCGCCUUCCCCCAGAGGUGGCCUACCAGUGGGGCUACCUGGACGGCGAGACCUUCCGUCUGCUCUCCGACCCCAAGGCCCACGCCAAGCGCUGCUUCGAUCCCAAUGCCCGUGAGAACCUCUCUUACCAGCAGCUGCUCCCACGGUGCCUCCCAGACCCUGAGACAGGCCUGCUGAUGCUGCCGGUGGCUGACAAGGGAACCAUCCACCUGGACGAGGGCCGGCGCCAGUGCCUGAAGGAAGCAGUUGCCCAGGUGCCUGCAAGGGUCUUCUGCAGCCAGGAGGUCUCUGUGUGGGACCUGAUCUUCUCCCGCUAUGUCCCGCGGCACAAGCGCCAGGAGCUCCUGCGCCAGUACAAGUCCGGGAGCGUCACCCUGCCAGACCUCACUCAGGCCCUGGAUGCCAUGGUCGCUGAGGCAGAGGCCAAGGCCGGGGAAGAGGGGAACCCUGUACCUGAGGUGGAAAGCAGCAAGCCCAUGCCCAGGCGCAAGGGGACGGAGAAGGCUCUGAAGUCCCGGGUGACCACCAUCUCGGCAGGCGGGUUCCAUGGUCAGAAGGUCACUGUGUGGGACCUGCUUCACUGCAAGUAUAUCCCCAAAGGCAAGCGGAAGGAGCUCCUGAAACUCUACAAAUCUGGCAUCCUCACCACUGACCAGAUGGAGAGUGUGGUCACGGCCAUUGUGGCCAAAGCGGAGGAGGAGGCAGAGGCAGCCAAAAUGGCGGCAGCAGAGAGCAUGGCAAACACCACCUGGGAGGGAAAGGUCAGUGAGCUCCCUGGGGAGGCCCAGCUGAGGCAGUCCUUGAAGCUGAUCCAGAUCCCACUGGCCUUUGGGGAGUUCCAAGGGCAGAGCGUGCCUGCUCUGGAUGUGCUCUACUCUAAGUAUUUCCCCCGGGAGAAGCGGGAGGAGCUGAUGGAGCUCUACCGGACAGGCAGGCUGACCCCUGGGCAGAUGGCAACUGCCAUCAGCGGGACACUGGAGAAAGCAGAGGCCGGGAAGAGAAAGUUCCUUGUGAGAGCGAAGAGCCAUGGUCAAGAAUCAGUCCGGCCCAAGGAGGCAGAGGCUGCAGAGGGUCCCCCCGCUGGGCAUCCCACCGAUGCACUGCUGAAGGCCAAAACCAUCACCCUGCCGGCCGGAGAGCACCAGGGCCAGCAGCUGUCCGUCUGGGACCUCCUCUUCUCCCCAUACCUGACCCGGAUGAAAGGGGAAGAGCUCUUGCGGAAGCACCGUGAGGGCAAGUUCAGCGCCCAGGAACUGGCCUCCAUGCUCACCAUCCUGGCCUCGCUGCAUGACCUCUUCCACUUCCUGGAACAAACACCUACCAAACCCAGUGCCAGCACCAGUGCUAGUGCUAGUUCCAGUUCCAGUGCCAGCACCAGUGCAGGGGACCCCACAGCCCAUGAGGUACCUGGCCCUCUCACAACUUCCUCAUGGGAGGAAGAGGAGGAGGAGGAGGAGGAGGACGAUGAUGAAGAGGAUGACAAAAAGGACGGCAUCUUGAAGGCCAGGAUGGUCUCAGUGCCCGUUGGUGAGUUCUGCGGGCAGAAGGUCUCCGUCUGGGAUCUGCUCCACUCCAAGUACUUCCCAGAGAAGAAGAGGAAGGAGGUCUUGAAGCUGUACCGGAUCGGGAUACUCACAGCUGACCAGACAGAGACAGUGGCCACCACGGUGGUGACUAACCUGGCUGGAGAGAAGACCAGGGAAGGCCAGGGUGGGAACCUCCAUGCCAGCCCAGCCAUAGGGAGGGCAGAGGGGAGGGUGGGCGCCUCUCUGGAGACUACCACCUCCUCCUCCUGCUCUUCGGUGCGCCCAGGGGCCAAAUUCCUGGGCCAAGGGGUCUCCAUGUGGGAGCUGUUGUUCUCUGCCGAGGUCUCUGAGGCCAAACGGCAGGACCUCCUGGCCCGGUACAUCACAGGGGCACUCAGUGCGCCAGAGGCAGCCUCCAUCCUCGCUACCCUCAUAGCUGAGGCCCACAAGCCACGCAGCUGCCCCAGCCUGCCCCACCUCUUCAGCCCCUGGACCCCCGAAGUUCUCCCCAGCCUGGCCUUUGGGCCCCGGGGGGCCUCUGUGCAUGACCUCUUCCUCGCUCCGGAGAGGGAGGCACAGAAUGCUGGGCGAGUGACAGUCAGUGAGAUCACAGUGACCACCACGGUUGUCCAGGGGCCCGAGCAGAAAGUGGGCUAGCUGCCUGGUGGGGGAUCCUCUGCCAAGGGGCAGGCAGUGGGGCAGAGAGGCCUCCUGCACCCCAGAAGCCCCUGCACCUG